AUGGACGAUGCCAAUGAUCUCUGGAUUAGCGGUGGCGAGGAGGAGGAGGGACAAGAUGGUCCUCUGGAUCGAACAUCUUUCAAGCUCCAACUAACCUACGAGGGAGUGUCAGGGGACUUCCAUACCCGCAACAAGCCGGACGAGAAACAGAGAAUGAAAGUCACAAGUCGCGGGGCCAAGAGGCGCUCCCGAUUCUCGAUCGAUGCGACGGCCAGAGCCAUCGUCCACGGAACCUUGGACCAGACCUCCGGCAAGCCGGCAACUCUUCUCGUAUACGACUUCGAGUUCGCCACGCACCGCUCGUCGGCUCGCAUAAUGAGGGCUGAUAUUGAUUUCCUCUUCCAGCCGGGAAAGGGCAACAGCGCCGGGCCACUGGUAGCCGCGGUCAAGCCGAUGGGGACGCACAAAAUGGGGGACACGGAGGAGAAUAACACGAGGGGCUUGGCCGCGGAGGGGUCCCUCGACGCCAAAAUCGCGGGCUCAGGUAUUGGAGCGAAGAUUACUCCCAGCAGAACUACCGCGAAAACCACCACCCACUACACGGACGUGGUUGGAAGCACCCCGGCGAACGAGUACGGCGACUGCUUGAUCACGAGGUGGUCCUUGGUGGAGAACAGCUCACAGGAGAACGGAAUUCCCACGUUCCUGCGCGUGGUGAUACUGCUUAGGAGAGACGACCAGGCCGAGUUCGUGUGUGUCCCCUCCAUUGAGGUCAAGGUGGAUCGCAAGUCAAGACUCUGCGCCGUCUUAACCUCGGAGGCUCCUGACGACCCCAUCACGUUCGACCCCGAGUAUGAGCCGUUCAUUGACGAGAAGGAGAUCAAUGUCGAGAUCGACCCCGAGAACCUUGGCGCGGUUGAUCUGGACACCCUCUGGGACAUCACUCUUUACAAUCGCUUCGGCCAGCCGAUCAAGCCGUCCAAGGCAACCGAUAGCGUGGCAAGAGAAGCUGCAGGGUCAGACAAGGCAACAUAA